AUGUUGAGAACUACCUUGCGUGCCGCCCUUAGCGCAUCACGUAGACCCGCUUUGCGUCCUACCAUUGCACGACGAUGUAUGUCGACGAGUGAAGAUAAAAUGCGUGGCCGUGCUACUACCGGUCCCUUUACUUGGAAGGCAGCUGCAGUCUUUGUUGGUACAGGAGCAGGUUUAUUGUUGUAUUUCAGAUCUGAAAAGGAGCGUGUACAAAAAGAACGUGAGGAAAAGGCACGUGAAACUGUCAAGGCCUAUGGCAAACCCAAGAUUGGAGGUCCCUUUAAUUUGGUGAAUGCCGAGACGGGUCAACGAUUCGAUAGCACAACUGAUCUCGCUGGACGAUUUUACAUGGUCUAUUUCGGAUUCACGCAUUGUCCCGAUAUCUGCCCAGAUGAAUUGGAUAAGAUGUCCGAAGUGGUUGAUCAAACGAAGGCUGACUUGGGAAAUAAUGCAUUGAUCCCUGUUUUCAUCACAUGUGAUCCCCGUCGUGAUACUCCCGAAGUUGUCAAGGAAUAUGUCAAAGAUUUCCACCCCGACAUGAUUGGCUUAACGGGUGAUCAAGAUGAAAUCCGCAAGGUUGCAAAGUCCUUCCGUGUCUAUGUGUCAUCGCCACCCAACGUAGCUGAAGGCGAGGAUUAUUUGGUGGAUCAUUCAAUCUUCUUCUACCUCAUGGACCCUGAAGGCAAAUUCGUCGAUUGUUAUGCCAAGGAUACCACUGCUGAGGAGGUGACAGCUAGCUUCAAAAAGUACUAUAAGGAAUAUCUAGAUCAGGGUGGUAAAAUCAAACAAUAG